AUGGUUCCUCACGCGCUUCUCAUUCCUUUUCCUGCACAGGGUCACAUUAAUCCUAUGAUGCAACUUGCCUGGAAGCUCGUCUCCCAUGGAUUCCUCCUCACUUUCCUCAACUCUGACAGUAAUCAUAACAGCAUACUCAAAGCCAACGCUCCAAAUUCUUUACAUGAUAACAUCCGAAUGAUAUCCGUUCCCUUUGAAUUCCCAGUUAUGGAUACUCUGGAAGGCGUUGGAAAUGGCAUGGACGCAGUGGAAAAGUGCAUGGGGCCUUCUGUUAUUGAUAGAGUAAUUCAGGAAAUAAAUGCCAGGGAAGAAGAAAACAAGCUCACCUGUAUAAUUGCAGACGCCUGGAUGUCCUUUGGUUUACACCCGCUAGCCACGAUUCACAAAGUUCCCCUCGCCGUUUUCCACACUACUCCCAUUUCAAUCUUCGCCAUUCACUACUUCAUUACCAAUAUGGUCUCACUUGGUGUCGUUUCUUCCGAUGGAAUUCCAAAGCAAGAUCAGAAAACAAAAUAUCUUCCCUCCAUGCCGCCGCUGCGUUCUGGAGAUCUUCCGUGGUUGUGGGGAGGCGAAUACUUUUUUCGGAAAGGUACUCGCAUGGCACAAGAAAUCAAGCACAUUAAAUGGAUCCUCUUCAAUUCUUUCUUAGAGAUCGAAGCUCCAGUAGUCGAAACGUUGUCCAAAGAAGUGGGCGUGUAUCCAAUAGGCCCUCUAAUUCCUCUUGAUUUUCUCCAUAGUACGGCGAGCACGAAGGUCCUGCCAAGCUUACGGAAACAUGAGACUGAAUGCUUACAAUGGCUAGAUAAACAGUGUACCCACUCUGUGAUCUACAUAUCCUUUGGAAGUACUGGAAUUAUGAGUGAAAAGCAAGUGGAAGAGCUUGUGCUGGGAUUGGAGGCCACAGAGAGACCAUUUCUGUGGGUUGUGCGCUCCGAUUUGAUGAAAGGAAGCGAAGCUGUUUUACCUGCUGGUUUCUUGGAGCGAGAAAGCAUCACCAUGGGCGUGCCUAUGCUUUGUUGGCCUUAUUUUGCAGACCAGUUUAUUAACCGAACGUAUGUUGUGGAUGUGUGGAAGUUGGGUUUGCCGUUGGAUGCGAAUAGCCAAGGAAUUCUAGAGAAGGAAGAAUUUUUGAAAGGUGUAGAGAUUUUAUUGGAAUCCAAUCAUAACCGCAUACUCACUCCAAAUUCCUUCUUUGAUAACAUCCGAAUGAUAUCCGUUCCCGUUGAAAUCCCGCCUAUUGAUACUCUGAAAGGCAUUAAUGAAAAUGGAAUUGAGGCGUUGGCAAAGGACAUGGGGCCUUCUGUAAUUGAUAGAGUCAUUAAGGAAAUAAACACCAGGGAAGAAGAAAACAAGGUCACCUGUAUAAUUGCAGACGUCUGGAUGUGCUUUGGCUUGCAACCAGUAGCCACGCUCCAUAAACUUCCCCUCGCCGCUUUUCACACUUCUCCUGUUUCACUCUUCGCCAUGCGCUACUUUAGUGCCCAUCUGGUCUCGCUUGGCAUCCUUCAUUCUAAUGGAAUUGCAAAGGAAGAUAAAAAAAUGAAAUAUCUUCCCUGCAUGCCGGCGCUGCAUUCUGGAGAUCUUCCGUGGUUGUGGGCAGGCGAAUACAUGUUUCGGAAAGGGAUUCGCAUGGGAGAAGAAAUCAAGGCCAUCAAAUGGGUCCUCUUCAAUUCUUUCUUAGAGAUUGAAGCUCCAGUAGUGGAAACGUUGUCGAAAGAAGUGGGCGUUUAUCCAAUAGAUAAACAGUGUGCACACUCUGUGAUUUACAUAUCUUUUGGAAGUUUGGCAGGUCUGAGCGAAAAGCAAUUGGAAGAGCUUGCUCUGGGAGUGGAGGCCACACGGAGACCAUUUUUGUGGGUUGUGCGCUCCGAUCUAAUGAAAGGAAGCAAAGCUAUUUUACCUGCUGGUUUCUUGGAGCGCGUGAGAGAUAGAGGUUGCUUAGUUUCGUGGGUGCCACAGUUAGAGGUGUUAUCUCAUCCUUCCAUAGCCUGUUUUGUGACUCACUGUGGAUGGAACUCUGUACAGGAAAGCAUCACCAUGGGCGUGCCCAUGCUUUGUUGGCCUCAUUUUUCAGACCAAUUUCUUAACCGCACGUAUGUUGUGGACGUGUGGAAAUUGGGUCUAUCAUUCAAUGCGAAUAGCCAAGGAAUUAUAGAGCAGGGGAAAUUUGUGAAAAGUGUGGAGAUUUUGCUGGAAUCGGAACAAGGCCUGGAGAUCAGAGAGGAAGCGAAAAAAUUGAAGAUAAUUGCUAGGGAUGCAGUCAAGGACGGGGGCUCCUCAUCGAAUAACUUUAAUCUAUUUGUCACUGCCAUGAAGCGACAACCGAAUGAAUGACUUGCUUUGUUUCAUUUCUUUCGUUAUCCUGCAGAAAGGGAUCUGUUUUGUUUCAUUGCGUCUUGUGUCCUACUUUCCACAUAGGUUAUGUCAUCCAUGCUGUUACAAAAUGUUCUUUCUUGUUCAGCAACCUGUUG